AUUGAUUAUUUCAACAAUCAAUUAUAUCAAAAGACUUUUAGUCAUCGUUGGACAUCAACCACUCAACUACCUAAACCCACCACCAUCUCUAUAUUAACCCCUUUCCUCCCAAUCUCUCUCCACAAACUCAUCUUCACUUCAAUAAUCUCCUCAAAAACCAAACAAUUCACAAAGUAACACAAUCAACACUAACAACAAGAACAUGGUUCGUAAUUUAAGGUUUAUGUUCCUUGUCUCAAUCUUAAUAACAACUUUAUUCACAAAAACAACCUUAUCACAAACACAAACAUGUUCAUCACAAACCUUCAACAACAAUGAAAAAUUCAGUACUUGUCGUGAUCUACCACAACUCACCUCAUAUCUUCACUGGACAUUCGAUCAAUCCACCGGAAAACUCGACAUAGCAUUCAGAAGAACAGGAAUAACAUCAACAGACAGAUGGGUCGCUUGGGCUAUCAACAAAAACAAUGAUCUAACAUCUGCCAUGACAGGAGCACAAGCUUUAGUUGCUGUUCCACAAUCUAGUGGUUCACCAAAAGCUUAUACUUCAAAUAUUGCUAAUGCUGGUACUCAAUUAGCAGAGAGUAAUAUUAGUUAUCCUCAUUCAAAAUUGAGUGCUACACAUACUAAUGGUGAAGUUACGAUUUAUGCGAGUCUUAAUCUUCCUAUUGGUACUACUUCUUUGGUUCAUCUUUGGCAAGAUGGUGCUAUGUCUGGUACUGCACCUCAAGCACAUGAUAUGAGUUCUGCUAAUCAACAAUCUAAGGAAAGUUUGGAUCUUACAUCUGGUGUUACUCAACAAGGAUCAGGUGGUGGUUCACUUAGUAGAAGAAGAAAUACCCAUGGAAUACUAAAUGCAGUGAGCUGGGGGGUCUUGAUGCCGUUGGGAGCUGUAAUUGCAAGGUACUUGAAGGUGUUCAAGUCCGCAGACCCUGCUUGGUUUUACCUUCAUGUUACCUGCCAAACAGCUGCUUAUAUAGUUGGUGUUGCUGGAUGGGGUACCGGUCUCAAACUUGGGAGUGACUCAGUUGGCGUUACCUAUUCAACUCAUAGAGCACUCGGAAUCACCCUCUUCUGCCUUGGAACCCUUCAGGUUUUCGCUCUACUAUUGAGGCCUAACAAAGAUCACAAAAUCAGAAUCUACUGGAAUUUUUACCAUUGGGCUAUCGGAUACGCAACUAUAAUCAUCAGCAUCAUCAACAUCUUUAAAGGCUUUAAUGCAUUGGAGGUAUCCGCAGGGGAUCGUUAUGAUAACUGGAAGCAUGCAUACACCGGCAUUAUUGCAGCUUUAGGAGGCAUUGCAGUACUUUUAGAAGCUUACACAUGGAUCAUUGUGAUCAAGAGGAAAAAGUCAGAAAACAAGUUUUCACAAGGAAUGAAUGGAACAAAUGGUGCUAAUGGAUAUGGUUCUAGGCCACAGCAGGUGUAGGCUGAGAUAGAUAUUGAUACUGGCGAGUUUUAUAUAUAUAUGAGUUUUGGUGUUAGAACCUUUUUUUGUAUAUUUUGUUGCAUGAGUGUAUGUAGUAUACUCUUGGAUUAUGAUUUUUAGAUUAUUCUUUCAUAGUAUAGUAAAAUCCUGGAGUAUGGUUAUCUCCAUGCUAUUUCAGUGGAUACUUUGUAUCAUUUACAUACAUAUUUUGUAUUUUUUUUAUUU